UAGCUCUAUAUAUACGUAUACGUAUACCUUAGUCGCUGAGUUUUGACGCAGUUGAUACAUUCCAAUUUCCAAAACCCCUUUCUGUCUUGAUUCCGAUGGAGAUUGAUCUCACUCCCCAGUUGCCGAAGGAGCUUUACGGAGGGAAUGGUGGGUCCUACCACGCAUGGUCCCCCUCUCAGCUUCCCAUGCUUGGCCAAGGUAACAUUGGUGCCUCCAAGCUCGCUCUUCACACAAAUGGAUUCGCACUUCCUCGUUAUUCUGACUCUUCCAAAGUCGCUUAUGUUCUCCAAGGAAGUGGAGUGGCUGGAAUAGUGGUGCCCGAGUCAGAAGAGAAGGUUGUUGCGAUCAAGAAGGGUGAUGCCUUGGCACUGCCCUUUGGUGUUGUGACAUGGUGGUAUAACAAGGAAGACACUGAGUUGGUUGUUCUGUUCCUUGGAGACACUUCCAAGGCUCACAAGGCUGGUCAAUUCACUGACUUUUUUCUAACUGGAUCCAAUGGAAUCUUCACGGGCUUUUCAACUGAGUUUGUGGGCAGGGCUUGGGACUUGGAAGAGAGUGAUGUCAAGACCCUUGUUGGAAAACAAUCUGGCCAAGGCAUUGUGCAGCUGGAAGGAAACAUAAGCCUUCCGGAGCCUAAACAGGAGCACCGGGAUGGCAUGGCCUUGAACUGUGAAGAGGCUCCAUUGGAUGUUGACAUCAAGGGUGGUGGAAGGGUUGUGGUGUUGAACACCAAGAAUCUUCCCUUGGUUGGUGAGGUUGGACUAGGGGCUGAUCUCGUGAGGUUGGAUGGAAGUGCUAUGUGUUCUCCAGGAUUCUCUUGUGAUUCUGCUCUGCAGGUUACUUAUAUUGUCAGGGGUAGUGGCAGGGUUCAGGUUGUUGGUGUUGAUGGUCGUAGGGUUUUGGAGACAACCAUACAAGCUGGUAAUUUGUUCAUUGUGCCAAGGUUCUUUGUGGUCUCAAAGAUUGCUGAUCCUGAGGGAAUGGAGUGGUUCUCUAUCAUCACCACCCCUAAUCCUAUAUUUACCCACCUGGCUGGAAGUUCUUCUGUGUGGAAGGCUUUAUCACCCACGGUUCUACAGGCUGCUUUCAAUGUAGAUUCAGGAGUUGAGAAACUCUUCCGUUCAAAGAGGACUAACGAUGCUGUUUUCUUCCCUCCACCAAAGUAGAAUAAACAUUCCAUUGCUUGGUGUAAAGAUUCCCCACCCCAUUCCCUCUUAUCGAUCUAGAUGGAAAAUGAAAGGCUUUAUAUGCUCUAAGAACUCGUUAUCUGGAAGGGGAAAUGUGUUGAGGAAUUAGUGGAAUUACUUUACAGUUUUAAAGUAUUUUCUUUUAAUGAGGCAUUUCAACUUACAACCUCUUCUGUAUUUUUUUUUACGUGUCUUUAUUCUUAUCCUUUUUUACAUUAUUAAAAUAUAUAUGUAUGCUUGGUUUAUCUUAUCGAAAUAGUAGCAAAUAUAUUUUUAUCAAA